CUACAGAUUUAUAUCAGAAAAGGCUUUUUUGGCAGGAGACUGACAAAGAAAUGGGCGUGGUGUCAAAUUAUUAAAUAGGUUACUUUAAAUCAAACACUUGUUACGUUAAAAUGUAUGCAUUGAAAAAAAAGGAACAUGUCCAAACUGCACAAACUAGUAUUAGUAUCCUUAAGUGUAAAUUGGUGCUUAAAAAAUACGUUUGUAAAGUAUUAGAAAAAAAGUUUUAUCUGCAUGAUUGCUCAUGACAUCACUUGUUUAUCUUAGUCUGGUGCAUGUGUGGGCAGAGCUCAUAAAUGACACACCUGUUCAGCAAACCCUACAGAGCAGAUCUGCCCUCAUGAAAACAAGUACCGGUGAAAUCUCUGUGUGAUUCUAAGGUUUUCUUCUUAAGCAGGAAGUCCUUCUUUAAAGACUGUCCUGACUAUCUGAAAUUGAUUAUUCUUUGUGUGCUCAGUUUUGAUUAUUUUCUGCCAUGGUAAACAUAUCUCAAAGUAAUUUAACCAGUGAAUUACUUUACGAGAACUUCUUGAAAACAUUGUUAUAUUCCAUUAUAUCUACAGUUCCCUCCUGUGUGUUUCUCUUCAUAAAUGGCACUAUGCUGUUCACUUUGAGGAGUAAACCGGUGUUUCGGGAAACUUGCCGUUUUAUUCUCCUCUUUAAUCUCCUUCUCGGAGACACUCUUCAGCUGGCACAGAGUCAAAUACAUUUCCUAUUGUCUGUUUGCAGAGUUAAGAUGGUAUAUUCUCUCUGUAUUAUACUCAGCAUGCUUGCUAAUCUUACAAACUUAAUUUCUCCUCUCACUCUGGUGUUGAUGCCGUUGGAGCAGUAUGUGGCUGUGUGUUACCCACUGAGGCACGCUUCCAUCAUCACAGUCAGAAACACAGCAGCUGCAGUCAUUGCCGUUUGGGCCGUCAGUUCACUCAACAACCUGACUCGAGUUUUGCUGUUUUUCAAGUUUCCUUUUGAAAAGAUGGAACUUUAUGAUCUCUGUUCUAACAUUGCUUUAAUUCUGGGGGUUAUGACAGCAGAAUACGACAGAGCGUACACUUGUGUGUUGUUUGUAUCUGCAGGUCUGGCCGUUAUUUUCUCCUAUGUGGGGGUCAUAGUAGCUGCCAAGUCGGCGUCCACAGACAAAGCUUUAGCUCGUAAGGCUCGUCACACUCUGCUGCUGCAUCUGGUGCAGCUGGGACUCAGUCUGUCUUCCACCAUUUACUACCCACUGAUGAUGAGCCUGUCAAAAGUUCUAACACGGAUGGUGUUUCUGUGGAUUCAGAAUGCUUUUUAUGUCACGUUCAUAAUAUUUCCUAGAUGUAUGACCUCUCUGAUCUAUGGGCUCAGAGAUCAGACCAUCAGACCUGUUCUCCUGUACCAUCUGAGCUGUCGUCUGAAAGUCAUAAUUAGAGGGUAAGAAGACAAAAACACUAAAAGUAAAAACAAAAGCAGUUGAUGGCAGAGUUAAGAAAAUGGCAGCUAUCAAAUAUUAUUUUUGCAUGAAGGCCAUAAAAUAACCAACGUAAUGUAUAAGACAAUGUAAAACUUUCAGAAACCUGUCAGGAACCUUUGUUAGAUUUCCAUCUGUUUUUUUUUUUUGUUUGUUUGUUUUUUUUUAUCCGAGUUCUGUACAACUUUUUGUCCUAAUUGUCCAACAAGUCGUUGACGUAGUUUUAGUUACCCGAUCAAAUGAUGGAUAAUACAAGUUUGACAUCCACCACAGCAUGCUCAGUUGUACUGAGUAGGAUAUUUUGCUUGCUGAGGGGCUGCUGGUUCUACAUUUUCUCAGCUGUCAGGGCAACUCGAGGCUUAGAAACUCAAUUCAUCCUUUUUAGGGUCUUUAUCAUGAACGCACUACAGUUUGUAAUUUAGAAUUAUUGGACUUUUUACCUUGAAGAAAAAAACUCUAACUUAGAUUUUCCAGAAGUUGUUUCAACUUAGUUGUUACACCUGAGAAGGUGGUUAAGUUUCAGAAUGCAAAUCAAUUUUCCAUCCAUAAAUCGAUGUUCUUUCAUUCAGUUUUUUUUUUUUUUAAGAUUUCCUCAAGAUUUUUUUUUCGAAUAAAAGCUAUUUGUUUUAUAUGAAAUAUUUAUCUAAAUAAAUAUUUUAAUGAAAAAAAGAGGAUUUUAUGGCUAGUUUUUAACUAAGCCUUACACACAUUUCUCACUCCAGCACAGCUUAUAUACCAACGCACACAUGCACGGUUAAGUUUGUUUAAGCAGCACCAAACUGUAUUCUUACUUUUGCGAACAACAGGUUUUUAAACACCUAACAGACAAAUUGUUGUUGAAGUUGAAAUCUUAAGUAGAUGGCAAACAUUGCUAAAUCUUAAGCUCUUUUUUGAUGAUUGUAUUUAAAUCU